AUGUUUAUAUCUAUCUAUCUAUCUAUCUAUCUAUCUAUCUAUCUAUCUAUCUAUCUAUUACUUUCUCCAUAUCUAUCUAUCCAUCUACCCCUUUUCUUUUUUCAUAUUUGUCUAUCUAUUUAUCAGUCACUUUCUUCCUUCUAUCAUAUCUAUCUAUCCUAUCAAUAUAUCUAUCUUCCUUUAUUCAUAUCUAUCUAUCUAUCUCUGUUAUUGUUCCUUUCUUCAUAUUUGUUUAUCUAUCUAUUCUCUAAGCAUGUUCCUAUCUAUCUAUCUAUCUAUCUAUCUAUCUAUUCCUUUUUCUUUUUUCAUAUCUAUCAGUUUCUUACUUUCUUCAUAUCUAUAUAUCAUACUUUCUACCUGUGUAUCUACCUUGCAAUCUAUCUAUUUAUCUAUGUAUCACUUUUUUUCUUUCUUCAUAUCUAUCUAACUCGUUAUCUAUCUGAUUUUCUUCAUAUCUAUCUAUCUAUCUAUCUAUCUAUCUCAUCAGUUGCUAUCUAUCUAUCUAUCUAUCUAUCUAUCUAUCUGUUUAGUGGUCUUUCUACACUCUGCCUAUAUCGUUCGCUGAGAAGAUAUUACGAAUGUCAUUUUCUUGAUUUUAUGCUGUAA